UUUUUAAAAGAAAAAAAAGGGAAAAGCAAAAAAAAAAAGGGAAAAAAGGUUUGAAACGUGAAAAAAAGAAGGAAAAAGUGUUUUUUUUAGCGGGUUGUAGGGUACUGGUACAAUCCGUUUUGGAGAAUACGGAAUUAGGUACGGAGCGAUUUGGGGCACAUAGAAUUGCACAAAAACACACAGAGAGGGAGCAGAGGGAAGGUUGUGAUUAUUCUGGUUUUGGAGAGAAAAACAAAGAAGGAUUUCACACACUGUCUCUCGGACCUUCACUAUUGGCACCUGCAAAGAAGAACAAGAGACAUUAUUCACAGCAAAGAGAAGGGAGAAGUAAGCUACUCAAGGGAGAAGCGGAUUCAUUGGAGACGCAAGGUUGACCAUAGCAAGCGGAUCUUCGAGAGAAUCAAAAUACUACUAUAUUUCGAUAUAAUAAGUUGGAAAGUUGCAAGAGUGAACCAGUGAAGCGCGGAAUUUGCGAGUUCAUACGAGCCUACUCAGAAGCAAUUCUAUGUGCGAGUUAACGAGGUUAGAGGGUGUGGGAACGUAAACUCCUUGUGAUUUUGAUAACCUUGUGUGCCAAUAACUAAGCGUGGCUAUGUCCACUCAUAAACAGUGAAAGAUUUUGGAUGGAUUGUUUGAGCACUGAUCACUACCAUGAGCAAGGCUAUGCAAUCUCUGAAAUCGGUUCUCUUGGAUUUGAUUCACAAGAGCAAUGGCUUGAGAUCCUUCAAGCAAAUUCAUGCGCAUCUAUUGACUUCUGCCCUUGUUGCCAAUGACUUGGUUAUUUCCAAAGCUGCAUUUUUUUUGGGAAAACAUGUUACAGAUGUUCAUUACCCUUGCAAUUUCCUGAAGCAAUUUGAUUGGAACUUGAGCUCUUUCCCUUGCAAUUUGCUGAUUUCUGGCUAUGCCUCUGGCCACUUACCCUGGCUUGCAAUCCUGAUUUAUAGAUGGACUGUUAGGAAUGGUUUUGUGCCUGAUGUGUACACUAUCCCAGCAGUUUUGAAAUCUUGUGCUAAGUUUUAUGGGAUUGUAGAGAUUAAACAGUUUCAUUCCGUAGCUUUGAAGACUGGCUUGUGGUGCGACAUUUAUGUGCAAAACACUCUUGUCCAUGUGUAUUGCAUUUCUGGGGACACUGUUGGUGCUGGCAAGGUGUUUGAUGACAUGCUUGUGAGAGACGUGGUCUCUUGGACUGGCUUGAUAUCUGGGUAUGUCAAGGCUGGGUUGUUUAAUGAGGCCAUCGCAUUGUUUUUGAGAAUGGAUGUGGAACCUAAUGUAGCAACCUUUGUCAGCAUACUUGGGGCUUGUGGGAAAUUGGGUUGUUUAAAUUUUGGGAAAGGAAUUCAUGGGUUGGGUCUCAAAUGUCUGUUCGGGAAGGAGUUGGUGGUAUGCAAUGCUGUGUUGGAUAUGUAUAUGAAGUGUGAGUCUGUCACUGAUGGAAGGCAAAUGUUUGAUGAGAUACCUGAGAAAGAUAUUAUUUCUUGGACUAGUAUGAUAAGCGGGUUAGUGCAGUGCCAGUAUCCCAGUGAAUCGCUGGAUUUGUUCUGCCAAAUGCAAGGCUCAGGUUUUGAGCCGGAUGGAGUUAUACUUACUAGUGUGCUUUCUGCUUGUGCCAGCCUUGGGCUUCUUGACUACGGUAGAUGGGUCCAUCAGUACAUUGAUCAAUGCCGUAUCAAGUGGGAUGUUCAUAUAGGAACUACAUUGGUUGACAUGUAUGCAAAGUGUGGUUGUGUAGACAUGGCGCAGCGUAUCUUCAGUGGAAUGCCUUCUAGGAAUAUCCGUACUUGGAAUGCCUAUAUAGGUGGCCUAGCAAUAAAUGGACUUGGGAGGGAAGCAUUGAAGCUAUUUAAAGAUUUGAUAGUGUCAGGUGCAAAGCCUAAUGAAGUGACAUUUCUUGCUGUUUUAACAGCUUGCUGCCAUUCUGGCUUGGUCAGCGAAGGCCGAAAGUAUUUCAAUGAGAUGUCAAGUCCCCUCUACAACCUUUCUCCCUGGUUAGAACACUACGGCUGCAUGGUUGAUUUACUCUGCAGAGCUGGACUGGUGGAGGAAGCUGUGGAGUUGAUAAAGACAAUGUCCAUGUCCCCUGAUGUGCAGAUCAUAGGAGCGCUUUUGAGUGCCUGUAAUACAUAUGGGAAUGUUGGAUUCACCCAAGAAAUAUUGAAAUCACUGCAGAAUUUUGAAUUUCAAGAUAGUGGCAUAUACGUGCUUCUUUCUAAUCUGUAUGCCUCUAACAAGAAAUGGGCUGACGUGAGAAAUGUUAGGAGACUGAUGAAGCAGAAAGGAAUAAGCAAGGCUCCUGGGUCUAGCAUUAUAAGGGUGGAUGGUAAGAGUCAUGAAUUUUUAGUUGGAGACAGUAAUCAUCCUCAAAGUGAGGAUAUUUACGUACUAUUGGACAUCCUUGCCAAUCAAAUAUACUCUGAGGGGCAUAUUAAUACCCUCUGCUAAUCAGACAAGCACACUUGACCCUGAGCUCACGUAUUUUGUCUAUGAACUUGAACAACUUCUAAUGGUGCAUUCUAUAAAGUGUCUCUAAAUCAUUUUAGACUUGUCUUAUUUAUUAUGCUCAAACCAGGCCAGAUUGGGACUUGAUAUGGAAGUUCAUAAUAGUUACAACGCGAGAGCACUGCAUUUAUGGAAAAGAUACGGGGUCACUCCUUGCCAAAUUAAGCUUAAGCUUAUGCAUUGAGAAGCAGCUCAGGAGCAAGAUGGUUUCAUAGGUACCCUCUUUUAGGGGCCAAAGGGAAAUUUUGUCUUGCCCGACACAGUGACAACGUUUAAUGUUUAUGAUUGUGAGCGAUCGGUCAAUGGUCACCUGAACUUUGACGAGAGUAGUUACUAUGCCACAAGCUCUGACAUGAGACAAACAUAAUAGAAAUAGAAGCCACUUGGGUAAGUUCAGAUACGGAAUGCGUCAACUCAUUCAAUGGCACGUGGUCAUAAUAAUAGAAGAACUCUACCAUUACUUGUAGGAGUUUUCCUGAAGCAUGAGCAUGCUGAUUUUUUUAUUUUCUUCCAAAUGAGAUUCCAAUUUUAUAGAAGAUAAAUUCUUGAAAAUAAACAUAAUUUACACGACUUGUGUAAAUUAAAGCAGUUGUUUGACCAAGUACUUGCAUAGUUAGUUAAGUGGGGGUUUCAGAAAUUGUUCAUUCCGGAAUGUGUCGUUUUCAUCGAAAAGUACACGUAUGUUUUGAGUUUAUUUAUUAUGACUAUUGCUGAAAUGAAACAAGAACUAGCAGCCUCCUCAGAUGUGUACGUGAGAGAAACUAAAAUACAUUAAUGAUGUGAAGUUCUUCUUAGUGGAGAAAUGUGACUUCUUUGAACAAGCUUCUUGGUCGGCUGCAUUCAUAGAGGCCGUGUUUGAAUAAUGGGUAUGUCAAGUCGCUUGAACAGCAUCAAAUUCCCAGUCAACAAAGAAAAUGAAGAUAUCCAAGUCAAAUUUAAUCCCUUAUUGGUAUUUUUAGAAUACUAUUCAGAUAUUGUUCUUUUACGGUUUUGAAGUAACGAGACAUUUCUAGCUUUAUGCUUCAUUUUUUUUAUAUUUAAUUAUCGUUUACUGUGUGUGAUGCCUAAACAUUCCGAAACAAAUAGAGAUAUAUUCUAUGUAAUUGUUCCAAUUUGACUAGAUAUUUUUCAACA